AUGAGGCCGUACAUGCUGUUUGGCCGUUACUUUGAGACUCCGCUGCUUUGGCAGAGUAUAAUCAUGAUCAUCACGAUGUUAAUCAUGCUGAACCUGUGCACCAGCGUCCGCAUGGCCACCGAACUCAACACCAAACGCCGCUCCUUCACAGCAACAGACAGUAAGGAUGAAGAAAUCAAAGUUCCUAAGAGGCUCUUUCUGGACUUUGAUUGGAACUACUUCUGGUCUUGGAGUCAUUUUGUGGAUUACCUGCAGUGUGUGCUGGUGUUCACGGUGCUGGCCGUCUAUGUGACGUAUCUGCUACUGGACUCAGUUCUGUUCGUAGAGAGCCUGGGUUUUCUGGCCGUAUUCACAGAGGCCAUGCUGGGAACUCCACAGCUCUACUGCAACUACCAGAACAAAUCUACUGAAGGCAUGAGUAUUAAGAUGGUGUUGAUGUGGACCAGUGGAGACACUUUCAAGACCGGCUACUUCCUGUUGACUCAGGCUCCCGAGCAGUUCUGGAUCUGCGGCCUCCUUCAGGUGUGCGUGGACUUCGCCAUUCUCUUCCAAGUGUACUACUACAGCCGCUUCCCACAGAAACCCGUCUCACACACCACACACACCACCAGCGCCAAGGCCCUAUGAAACACCCUCGCUUCACAGAAUCUGCUCAAAUCUGUUACAAUGCAUACAUACAGCAUCUUUAUACGGUGUCUCCAAAACGGAUUUGGAUAAGUGAUACGCUUAAGCCACAUCUAAAUAUGUCUGAAUGUCAUUGUAUUAGAUACACAACAUCAAACUAUGAUGUUAGAUCUUUUAUUACAAUUAACUUCACUUUUUUGUGCUUGUUAUCUUUUCUUGA